AUGGCAUCUGGAGACAUCGCAAUCAUUGGCAUGGCAUGCCGCUUCGCCGGUGAUGCCAAGUCACCAGAGGCCUUCCACGCAAUGUUGCAGAAGGGAAAAGAUGCUUGGACGAAAAUUUCCUCGUCACGCUUCAACGUAGAAGCAUUUCGGCACCCAUCUAAAGACCGCAGUGGAAGCAUAGUCUGCGAAGGUGGUUAUUUCUUAGAGCAAGACGUGUCGAAAUGGGAUGCUCCGUUCUUUACAUGCUCCGCGUCCGAAGCCCGGUCCUACGAUCCUCAACAGCGCCUGCUUCUUGAGCUUGCGUACGAGAGCUUAGAAAGCGCCGGUAUCCCGAUCACAGACAUUGCCAAUACCGAUGCUGCCUGCUUUGUGGGUGCAUUCUCCGAAGACUACAAGUUGAUCGUAUCAAGGGAUAUACAUGCCACACCACAAUAUGCAAAGACGGGCACUUCGCUCUCCAUUCUUUCCAAUCGCAUCAGUUGGUUCUAUAAUUUGCGAGGCCCAUCAGUCACUUGCGAUACGGCAUGCUCCAGUUCCAUGGCUGCCCUGCACAUAGCUUGCGAGACGAUACGGUCCGAUCGUAAUCCCACCCGCUGCGCGCUGGUAGGCGGAGCAAACCUCAUCCUGGAUCCCAACGAUUAUUGCGGGCUCAGUGCCCUUGGAUUUCUUAGCCCACAGGGCCGUUGUUUCUCCUUCGACGCACGGGCAGAUGGGUAUGCGCGGGGAGAAGGGGUAGCCAUGAUUGUGCUGAAACAUAUGGACGAUGCGCUGCGUGACGGUGACCCCAUCCGGGCUGUAAUUCGCGGCACUGGCCUCAACUCGGACGGCAGGACCGCCGGUAUUACCCUGCCAAGCGCCGAAGCCCAAGCGAGGUUGAUAGUCAACACCUACCGUAUGGCCAAUCUCGACCCGGCAGACACCCAGUACGUCGAGCUGCACGGAACUGGCACCAAAGCUGGAGACAGCGCAGAGGUUCGCGCAAUUUCCCACACGAUUGCUACUGCGCGAAGCCAGCCGCUCUAUUGUGGUUCGGUCAAGUCCAGAGUUGGGCACACCGAAGCGGCCGCUGGUAUGGCAGCCAUCAUCAAAUCCGUGCUCUGCCUUGAAAACGGUGUGAUCACUCCCAAUCUCAACCUUGCCACAGUAAACCCUCGUCUCAUGCUUGACUCUCACAACAUGCUCGUACCCACUUCCUCGAUAGCUUGGCCGGACUGUGACGUGCGAAGAUGCUCAAUCAACAACUUUGGAUUCGGCGGUACCAACGCUCAUGUCAUUCUUGACGACGCGUACAAUUAUCUUCGGCUGCGAGGGAAACUCCCAAGGACGAUACAAGACAGGGCCUUAGUCCAGCCCCGUGUAUUUAUCCUCUCAGCCCCCGAACAAGCGGCUUUAGCGCGACAACGCUCUGCGCAUGCAGACUACGUGGAAUCCACAUACACAGCCCCCACACUACCACAGCUUGCUAGGACCUUGAGUGAGCGACGAUCUGUUUUCCAGUGGAGGCAUGCUGUCGUUGCCUCCUCUGCCGAGGAGCUGUCGUCUGCAUGGAGAGACGACACAAUCAAACCCGUCAAGGCCGCAACCACCCCCAAUGUGGCCUUUAUCUUUACGGGACAAGGGGCCCAGUGGUACGGGAUGGGUCGCGAGCUGGUAUGCUUCCCCCCGUUUGCGGACUCGGUUCGACGAUCCGCAGCGUGCCUAGCCGAUCUGGGCUGUGCCUGGGAUGCCUGGGCGGAGCUGAUGCUGCCCAAAUCUGAUGUCGAGUCCAAGGUCAAGCAGGCCGAGUACUCACAGCCACUGUGCCUGAUCCUGCAAAUUGCCCUUGUGGACCUUGCCGCGUAUUGGAACAUCAAGCCCAUGGCAGUAGUCGGCCACUCUUCGGGGGAAAUGGCGGCCGCGUACGCCGCUGGUGCCCUGUCGCGUGAGGACAGCUUGAAGAUUGCCUAUCACCGCGGCCUCGUAUCUAAGAUGGCACAAGUGCGCAAACCUGGUGGCGGUAUGAUGGCAGUUGGGCUGUCGGUAGAAGACGUUCAACCUUAUAUUGCCCGCACUGGUGGUGCUAUUGGUAUUGCCUGUGUCAACAGCCCAGACAACGUCACCCUCGCUGGUGACAGGGCAGCUCUGGAGCAACUCAAGGAGGCCUUUGCCCAAGAAAAGACAUUUUGCCGCCUGCUACAAGUCGAGAAUGCCUACCACAGCUCGCAGAUGCUUACUGUCAGUGCUGACUAUAAAAAGAGCAUUGAGGAUAUCUCGCCUCGACUCUCUGCCUCGUCUGUCGCAUUCUACUCGACUGUAUAUGGCCGCUGGAUACCGACGUCCGAGCUGACUGCAGACUACUGGGUUCAAAAUCUGUGUUCAACUGUCCAAUUUGUGGAUGCUCUUGAUGACAUGAUGUACGCAAGUGUUGGCAACAGACAGCCGAAGGCCAAAUCGAAAGCGCCAAGUCUGUUGUUUGAGGUUGGUCCCCAUUCUACACUCGCUGGAGCUAUCAGGCAGUAUAAAGCGAACCGUGAUGCUUUGGAGAACUUGAUAUACGAUUCUAUUCUUGUGCGAGCGAAGGAUGCAUCUCGGACGGCAGUUGGUGCCGCUGGCACGCUGUGGACCAUGGGAGUUCCGGUCAAGCUGGACAAGGUCAAUAACGUGCAAGAUUCUGCCGGGGUCCUUACUGACCUGCCAACCUAUCAAUGGAAUCACUCAACAUCGUACUGGCACGAGAGCCGACAGUCUAGGAACCACCGUCGGCCCCAGUUUGCCAGACAUGACCUGAUCGGCUCGCGGUUAGAAUCAUACAACCCCAUCGAGCCAGUAUGGAAGAACCAUUUGCGUGUUUCGGAUCUGCCUUGGCUUCUGGACCACAAAAUCCACGGCGAUAUUGUCUUUCCCGCAGCAGGCAUGAUCUGCUCUGCCGUUGAGGCUGCCAGGCAAAUUGCGGCCACCGAGGGCUCUAGCGCCGAUGUUUCAGGCUUCGAAUUCCGAGAGCUUUCCGUGUCAAAGGCCCUAGUUAUUCCAAACAAUGACAUUGGGGUAGAAGUUCAUAUCAACCUCAAGCGCAGAAAGCUCGGUGAUACGUUCGUCGAACAUGCCGCCGGCCUUCUGCGGAUCCAAUACUCUAACAAGACCACUGAGGUUGAUGGUGGCAGAGAAGACCGGGAGGAGAUUGUCGCCUACAAUGAGCGAUGGAAUUCCGAGCGACCAUUGUGCCUGACAAGAGUACCACCAUCGAGCCACUACAACUUUUGUGAGGAGCAGGGGCUCCAGUUCGGGAAAACCUUCCAGGGUUUACGCAACGCUUACCAAAAUGGAUUGACGCUUGCCUUUGAGACCAUGAUUCAGGACACGCGCGCAUGCAUGCCGGCAUUUAAGGAGAGCGACUAUGUAAUACACCCGGCAACGCUUGAUGCCGUCUUUCAGUCCAUGAUGAUCACAGUCCCGAGAAUGGACACUGUUGAGAAGCAGGCCUGGGUCCCAACUAGUGCAGGCUAUUUAUUCGUUUCCAACGGUAUUGAUCGCAGCUAUGGCGCGACAUUGAAGGGUCUGGCCGAGUCCUCCCUUACAGGAGUGCGAGAAGUAACGGCAUCUAUACUCAUCAGAGACAGGCAAGAGCAAGCCUUACUUCCUGCCGUCAUCAUUGACGAUUUCAAAUUCACCGGACUGGGGUCCAUUCAAAAGAUGCCUGAAUCGUCGGAUGUCCUAUCCUCAAAGCUAUAUGCUGCCCCCGUUUGGAAGCCGGACGUGAAACUAAUUGACGACCGGAUGCUGCGGAAGAUGAGUCGGAUAGAGGAUGAUCAUGAUGGCAUGGUCCGAUUCUGCGCUAUGUCUGACAGUCUUAUCAAACAGAUGUGCAGGCUUGCACUUGCAAAACUCGGGCCCAGUAUCAACGCGCCUUUGCCCCCUCAUCUCCUUAAGUAUGCUGAGUGGAUGGAGCGGCGGUGUGGAUAUAAGGCAACAGGCAUCAUAACGCCCCCAAACAUUGUUGAUAUCUGCAAAACUUGUCAUCCUUCGCUGGAACUACCUGAUUUUGCUAGCUUCAUUGAACAAUACCCCGUCGAUGGCCGACUUGCGCAACGCGUUUAUCUUGCUCUGGGUGCCAUUUUUGCGCAGGAGACAACCCCAAUCGCGACCCUUCGGCAGGACGACUUGCUCGCCAAAGCAUACCAAGACACAUACGGACUACAACUACAUUCUGAGCAUAUGCAGACAUGGUUUGCGCUGAGGGCGCACAAGCAACCGACAUUGCGUGUCAUUGAAAUUGGCGCGGGAACAGCUUCCAGCACACUACCACUACUGCAGCGGCUGAGUCAAGUUGGGAGUGACACGCCUCUCUUCUCGUCCUGGACAUUUACCGACAUCUCUGCCGGAUGGUUCGAGAAUGCAAGGACGGUACUUCGUGACUGGGAGGGACGCGUGGAGUACAAGGUGUUGGACAUUGACCGGGAUCCCAUUGAGCAGGGGUUCGAGGCCGGCUCGUACGAUGUCGUACUGGCUGUUAAUGUCCUGCACGCAACCAAAAGCAUCCACAGGACACUGCAACACUGCCAUACACUGCUCAAGGCUGAUGGCAACCUUGUCCUGGGCGAGUAUACCAAUCCCAAUGACUUGGCCAGCUUCGUCUUCGGAAUAAUGCCUGGAUGGUGGGCCGCUGAAGAUGGCCGGCAAGAGGGGCCGUUGCUACGACCGUCUCAAUGGCACGAGUCGCUUCUGGCAGCUGGCUUCUCGGGUGCCGACAUAUCUCUGGGCGAUAAUGAUGAUCCGACGGCUUACCGUUUGUCGACAAUCAUCAGUACGAAGACACACAAGACGUCAUGCAGGGAUGUGGUGAUUGUAGUCCCACCUAGUUGCGGCAUCUCUACCAGCACGCUUGCCUCAGACCUCUGCCGGCGCUUCCAACGGCUCGGCAACAUGGUAGCCGUCAAGGAUCUCACCACAGCAGUAGUCGAGGCAAGUGGUAAGUCAGUAAUUUCGCUGCUAGAUUACGAGGCGCCGUUCUUUCAGGAUGUAUCCAAGGAUGAUUUCGAACACGCCAAGCAUCUUUUGCUUCACAGUCAAGAGCUUCUAUGGGUUACACGGUCCGACCCGGAGGAGACCCCUGGCCAUCCCGCAAAACGGAUGAUGUCUGGAGUCAUGCGCUGCGUGAAAAUGGAGGACUCCUCGCGCCUGCUUUACGAAUUUCACUUGUCUCGUCUGCUGGACAGUGAUAUAAAGUCAACAGGUGCCGCAGUUUGCAAACGGCUCUGCACCAUCUGGGAUACUGCUACGGAUGAGAAUACAGUCGAGGAAAUGGAGACGGAAGAGAGAGAAGGGCUCUUCCACAUUCCGCGCCAUAUGCCAUAUACAGCUAUGAAUGAUAGUCUCACAUGCGCGACCCAGGCAGCAACCGUCAAGGCGCAGAUUGGCAACCUUUGCCAGCUCGGCCGGCCGCUGAAACUGAGCAUUGGGCAUCCCGGCAUGCUCGAUACCCUUCAUUUCGUCGAUGAUGACGCAGGUCUCCAGCCACUGAAGGAGCAGGAGGUUGAAAUAGAAGUCAAAGCCUGCGCGUUGAACUUCUUGGACAUUAUGAUCGCGAUGGGCCAGAUCCAACGCCCUGACAUCGGCCACGAAGCUUGUGGUACCGUGACUCGUGUAGGCUCCAAAACGACCGACCUCUCUUGUGGAGACCGUGUGCUCUUUGUCGGGCCUGGGGCGAUGAGAACUCAUAUCCGAGCUCAUGAAUCGGUCGUUCAGAAGCUGCCUGACAACAUGUCGUUUGAAGACGGUGCUUCUAUUCCAAUCGCAUACGCCACCGCCUACCGGUCCCUUGUUGAGGUAGCGAGACUAGAAAAAGGCGAGUCUGUUCUUAUUCAUGCUGCCGCUGGAGGUUUGGGCCAAGCCCUCAUCCAGAUUGCCAAGAUGUUGCAAGCAGAGAUAUAUUGUACGGUUGGAUCUUCUGCCAAGAAACAGGCAGUUGUGGCUCUGGGAGUCGAACCGGACCGAAUCUUCAGCUCGCGUGAUCUUUCUUUUGCCAAAGGUAUCAAGCGCGUAACAAGAGGUCGCGGUGUGGAUGUUGUUGUCAAUUCGUUGGCUGGAGAGGCUUUGCGCCAGAGCUGGGACUGCCUUGCACCAUAUGGUAGAUUUAUCGAAGUUGGAAAGAAGGAUAUCCUGGGCAACAGUGGACUGGACAUGAAACCGUUUGUCAAUAACACCGUCUUUGCCGGCGUGAACCUCGAGGCCAUGAUGAUUGACGAACCUCUCCGCUGCCGCAAGCUAGUAGCGAAGGUACUGAAGCUUUUUGAACAAGGUGCCAUCGACUAUAUCCACCCCAUGACUGUUCGUGACUUCACGGAGGUGGAAACCGUUUUCCGCGAAAUGCAACGAGGAAGUCAUAUUGGCAAGCUGAUCCUCCAGGCCACUGCCGCAUCGCGUGUGCCGAUUCGCCAGAGGGCAGAAGUGCCCUUGCGCCUCAAAUCAGACGCAACAUAUCUACUUGUCGGUGGCCUUGGUGGGCUGGGCCGAGCUCAGGCCGUAUUUAUGGCGGAGAACGGAGCCCGUCAUAUUGCGUUCAUCUCCCGCUCUGGAGCUGCGCGAACGGAGGGGAAAAAGGUCCUGGACACACUGAAACAGGCAGGGGUUGAGGCCAAGGCGUACGCCGGCGAUGUCGCUGACAAGGUUCAGCUGAGGAGUAUCCUUCAUGAUAUUUCCCAUAGUAUGCCACCUAUCCGAGGUGUUAUUCAGGGCGCAAUGGUGCUUGCCGACAGUCUUUUCCACAGGAUGAGCUAUGACCAAUGGGUGACUGCAACAAGACCCAAGGUGCAAGGCACAUGGAAUCUCCAUGAGCUUCUCCCAACGGAGCUUGAUUUCUUCAUCGUUCUCUCAUCGCUUGCCGGCAUCAUCGGUUCCGUCUCACAGGCCAAUUAUGCUGCAGGAAAUACAUUCCAGGACGCUCUAGUGCACUACAGACGGCAAAAAGGCCUCGCGGCCCAAAGUCUUGACCUUGGCAUGAUGAAGGGCAUCGGUUAUGUCGAAGAGCACCAGGAGGCCCGAGUGAGAACCAGUCAGGUCAGAGUGACAAGCAUUGAAGAGCAGCAGUUUAUGCAUGCCUUGCGAUGUGCACUCUCACGUACGGUUGAUGGCAACGAAGCUUUGGCGGCGCAGAUCCUCGUCGGCGCAGGUAGCGGAGGCCUCCAGCAGCUAGUCAAGCAGACUGAUGACAGUGCCGACUUUUACUGGCUACGGUCUCUGGCGGCGUUUUCUUAUCUACAGCAGAUGGAUAUCCAGAGGCAGGAUGCAGCCGGUGGCGAUGGCCAAGAGGAGACGAGUCACCUUCCCACCCAACUCACUCUCUGCAAAUCAAUGGAUGAGGCCAAUGACAUGGCACAGCAACUCCUACUUGCCAAAAUUGCCAAGCACAUCUCGGUUCCCGCCACCGAUAUUAAUACGGACAAGCCGAUCCACGCGUACGGCGUUGAUAGCCUGGUGGCAGUGGAAUUGCGCAACUGGCUAUCAAUGGAGCUGAAGAGCGAACUGACCAUCUUCGACUUGACGGGCAGUGACCCAAUAAGUGAGGUGACUAAGAAAAUUGCUAGUAGAUCCAAGCUUGUGCCUAUAGCUACCAAGGCGAUGGCGCCAAACGGUUCAUAG